GGUUCUUUUUAGUCCUCAACUGGAUUAUGCAUUCUCUUAAGGGCUGUUUUUGUUUGAAGAAAAGUAGACAUCUGCUUGAGACCCAUGAUACUCUUGCUUCUGAAACUUGUUUUAGUGUGAAUGAUGUGGAGGCCUUAUAUAUUCUAUACAAGAGACUAAGCAGCUCAAUAAUUGAUGAUGGUCUUAUUCAUAAGGAAGAGUUUGUGCAAGCACUUUUCAGCUGCAGCCACAGGCAGAAUCUUUUUGCAGAUAGAUUGUUUGACAUAUUUGAUGUUAAGCGUAAUGGAAUUAUUGAAUUUGGAGAAUUCGUUCGAUCACUUAGCAUAUUCCAUCCAAAGGCUCCUCAACAAGACAAAAUCACAUUUGCAUUUAAAGUGUAUGACUUGAAGAACACCGGAUACAUAGAACGCGAUGAGGUGAAGGACAUGGUAUUGGCUAUCCUCGAAGAGUCAAAAUUGACACUAGCAAAUGACACCAUUGAAGCAAUGGUCCAUAAGACUAUUGAAGAAGCAGAUCUAAAUGGUGAUGGACGGAUUGAUCCAAAGGAGUGGAAGGAAUUAGUAAGGAGAUAUCCUUCUUUGAUAAAGAAUAUGACCCUCCCAUACUUAGAGGAAGUAACUGUACUAUUUCCAUGCUUUGUCAUGACAAGUAAAGUUCGAGACUCACAAUUGGUAUUUGGAAACUGAUCCAUCGCUACAAACAAUUAUUGAUCAUCAACAAUUCUAGAGAUUGUUCUUCUUUCUGAUAUUAUAUGGUUGUUUGACAAACUCAUAAUCCUGUCAUUAUAUCUAUUUUAUUUUACCAUUCUGACCAAAUAUUUUGGCGUUAGAGUCUUAAAACAUGUGAAUCUGGAAGGGCUCAUUGUUUAUGUAUUAAUUGCUAAGUUUAAUCCAAUAUAACGUAUUGAUUUCAUUUUAA